AAGUAACACUCAAUGCAAUAAGAAAGUUUUUAAGUUAAAAAAAAUUACGCCAAACUGUUCGUCUCAGCAAAAUUUUACCAUCUUGUGCGCAUAUGUUCGCACAUAUGUAAAACUUAUUUUUGCAUGUUCUUAUUAUGCAAAAGAACAAUGACGAAACUCGUCUCUACUACGAAUUGACAUUAUCAAUACCAAGCACAGCGCCGCAUGAUCGUCUGUUACCCAUCACGUUUAUGAUUUCUGCCGACCAUUCACAAACAACCUUAGAUAUGUGGAUGAUGAAAUUCAGAUAUGGUUUUAAACAAGUGUUUGGGCGAAAAGAUUUUCCAAAUCCACGAAUUAUAAUUAGCGAUCGCUCGUACGUUCUGAUACGUGCCAGUUUACAUCAGUUUAAUAAUGAAACAUAUCCAGAAUAUUUAAACCGUACAUUUAAAAUGGUGAAUGGAGCUUACAGGGGUACGGAUCACUCAAAAACAAUUAUUCAUAGCUGUCUGUCACAUCUGAUGUGUCAUUUUCGAAAAAAGAUUGUCAACAAAAUGGUGGUCAAAGAAUUAAGAGAACUGGUUAUGUGGACGUUAUCGUUGUUAGACAACACCAGUGAAUGGAAAACUAUGUUAGAAAUCUGGGCGAUCAUGUGUGAUGUUUUUAUGAAUUAUUUUUCAAAACCGUUUCCACAAAAAUCGAAUGAAUUAUUAAACUUCAAAAUUUCUCAAUUAAGAAAAAAAAUUCUUACUAAAACAAUUUCCGAACAAGGCAUCGAUCAAUAUCGAUCGCAAACAAAUGAAAAUGAUCAUCAAGAAAAACAAAAUACACCGAAUAAACAACAAAUGGAUCCCUAUGAUUUUGAUACCAAUGAAGAUCGUCAACCUGGUUCUGAUGCUAAUACAAAUGCAGACGAAGAUGAAGAUCUGCAAAAUCAUUGUGCAGUUUUCGAUGAAGAAGUUCAAUUAGAUACGAUGAGUUCUGGAUUUAAAAGAAGCUUUACUGAGAUAUAUCAAAAUAUUGAAAAUCAAAAACAAUCACCACCAACAACAGAUGAAGAGCGGAAGAAGGCGGAAGCAAAUAUUAAGUUUUUGAAAUACAUUUUAAAAUGGUGCAUGCCAUCUGUAGUAGUUUGGUCAAAUUUGCUAUUAGACCCAAACACCAGCUGUCAACGAAUAAAUGGACAAUCGGAACGAGCAAUGGGAUUAACAAAAAUAGUACAUCUGGGUGGCGUUGUGCGUGGGAGGUUGGACUGUGUGCUUGAUACAUUAAUUACAAAACAAAUGGAAACAAUCUCAGCUUUUGCCGAGCAUUAUUUUAUGUCGAAUUCAAGCAAAACAACAAAAUCAAAAUUAGUUUCUGAACAGUGGCAACCUCGUUGUCAUACUCGAGGGUAUUAUCAACAAACGCCAACGGAUGAUAUUAUGCAACGAUUAAAUAAAACAAAUGUCAUUGAAAUCACCGUUAACAAAGAUUUUAAAUGGCCAACUUGGGAGCAAUAUCCAUCACAGUGA